CAAUUUUGGGCUAAGGGCUGCCGCGGGUUGCCCUCCUGGGCCCGUCGCCUGUGGCCUUCCAUGGCGCCGCCCUCGGCGAUAGGGACGCCAUCCAGAGGCGUGGCGGCCUCGCUGGGCUCCCGCUCCGCGUCAUGCGAGCGCUGGCGGUCGGCCGUGGCGAGGGCGCAGGCGGCGGCCAACCUCGACAUGGGCUCGAUUGAGCGCGCCCAACAGCGCGAGCUGUGCUUCCGGAAAUGCAAGGCGGCGAAGGGUCUGGCGUUACGCACCCGCGCCUUGGUGGCGGAGACCCUGAGCCAGAUGUCUCAGGCCACAGCGGGCAUGGACUUCCAGACCGCGCGCGAGCGGUGCGCGACGGCGACGGCGGCCUCCAGGGAGCGGCACGACCGCCGCCACGAGCUGCUGGAGAAGGUGCAGCAGGGCGCCAGGCGCAUCCUGAGCGCGGGCCACUCCAUGGAGAGGAGCCGCAGCCCCAGCCCGUGCUCCGUGCAGUCGGAGGCCCUCAUGCGGGGGGCCACGAGCUCCGACGAGAGCGCCUUCCAAGAGGCCGGGGUCCUGGUCGGCGCCGGCAGCGCGGGCCUGAUGUCGAGCCGCGCGGCCCUGCAGAGCGAGAGCGACAGCGAGGGCGGCUGCUGCCCCCCGGCCGGCCCCGGCGGCCGCGGGGCGGGCACCAGCGGGCCCACCAAGGUGGACAGUCUGCUGCAGGCGCUGCGGGUCGAGCCCGCGGACGACCUGGAGCGCGCCGCGAAGUUCGGCCUCUACGAGGCGUACUUCGCAGAGGUCGAGAGCAUGCGGGGGAUCCUGAUCAAGUUCCACGGGGAGAGCCGCCCGCUCCUGGACCAGCAGAUGGCCGCCUGGAUGGACAAGCAGCUGCAGGACAUCGACAGCAAGGAGAACAUGGGCAUCUCCGAGACGCGCGACUGGUUCGUGUACCACAUGAUGUGGCAGGCCCACGGCAACAACCGCAAGAUGACGUCCAAGCUGGACCUCUGGGAGGAGAAGAUCAGCAGCCUCUGCGCGGUGGACCAGCAGCCCUGCCCCAUCUGCCUCCAGGGCUACACCUGCGACAGGCCCCCGCAGACGCUCGGCUGCUGCCAUAAGUCCUGCACGCGGUGCUGGGGUCACUGGACCACCUUCAUGCACGGGAUGGGCAAGCCGGCGUUUUGCCCGAGCUGCCACCGCCAGGAGUUCUUGGGCUCCGUGAGCAGCCCUGCGGAGGUGGCGGGGGUCCGGGCGAUCUCGCCACAGUCCAGGGGGCGGUCUCCGCCGCCGCCCUUCGGCCAGUACACGGAGUCGGCUGCGCCUGCCGACGACGUCACGGCCCAUGGCCGUGCGCCGCUCGCGCCCGGGUCCCUCACGAAGAUCAGCCUCUGAUGUGCGAGCGCUUGCGCUGCGGCAGGGCCGGACGCUGGCUCGGAGAGCCUCUGCGUUGCGAGCCUCGGCUGCAGCGGGGACGGGCGCUGGCUCGGGGGGGGUGUG